UUCACAGCAACUUUUUGUCUGCACAUUUCUAUACAUACACGAUGCCCGGCCGACCAACCGUGAGUGCUUCUGACCCAGUGUUGGAUGCAAUUGCGGUCAUCGGAAUCGGAUGUCGCUUUUCUGGAGGAGCUAGCUCUGUGGAGGAUUUCUGGCAGAUGCUAUGUGAGGGACGUACUGGACACGGGAAGAUCCCCUCUAGCCGAUAUGAAUCUUCGGCGUGGCACCACCCAAGCCAUGAUCGCAAGGGCGCGAUCAACCAUGAUAGUGGAUUCUUCCUGAAAGAAGACCCAGCAUGUUUUGAUGCGCCUUUCUUUUCCAUCACAGCCAAGGAGGCGGCGGGAAUGGACCCAGCUCAGCGAUUGUUGCUUGAGGUCGCUUACGAAACCUUUGAGAAUGGUGGAAUUCCAAUCGACACGCUACCGGGUAGUAACACCGCCGUGUACUCUGGAUCUAUGACCAACGAUUAUGAGUUACUAUCAACGAGAGAUAUUUAUGACAUGCCCCACAACUCUGCGACUGGGAAUGGCAGGACAAUGCUGGCGAAUCGCCUAUCAUGGUUCUUCGAUCUUCAAGGACCUAGUAUCAUGAUGGAUACGGCGUGUUCCUCCAGUCUAACUGCCGUUCACUUGGCGGCUCAAGCUCUGCGUUCUGGCGAAUGUGGAAUGGCCCUGGUGACUGGUGCCAGUCUUAUUCUACACCCCAACUUCACACAGAGACUCUCUUACAUGCACAUGAUGAGCCCGGAUGGCAUGAGUCAUUCAUUCGACGAGUCCGCUAACGGCUACGGACGAGGAGAGGGCAUUGGUGCUGUGUUGCUGAAGCCUGUCUCUGCCGCCUUGGCCGAUGGUGAUCACAUUCGCGCUAUUAUCCGCGGCACCGGAAUCAACCAGGAUGGAAGAACCCCUGGAAUUACUCUGCCAAGCCCAACAUCUCAAGCCAAUUUGAUUCGGUCAACCUAUGAACGACAUGGCCUUUCAAUGAGGGAUACAGCCUAUUUUGAAGCCCAUGGAACAGGCACUCCUGUCGGGGAUCCUACGGAAUUGUCAGCCGUUGGGAUGACUUUGGGUCAAGCCCGAACACCGACCGACGAGCCGAUAUAUGUAGGCUCCGUGAAGACAAAUCUUGGUCACACUGAAGGAGCCGCGGGAGUGGCUAGUUUGAUCAAGGUAGUUCUAUGCCUAGAGAAAGGUAUGCUGGUACCAAACGCUGGCUUCAAGAACAUCAACCCUAAGAUCCGGUUGGAUGAUUGGAGGAUUCGCCUCAGCAAUGAAGCGAUUCCCUGGCCCGAGCAUCUGCCACAAAGGGCUAGUAUCAACUCGUUUGGAUUCGGCGGAUCAAACGCCCACAUCAUUGUCGAAAGCACCAAGAACGCAUUCAAGCUCUAUGAGGAGGAAGAAGAAGCGCCUUCCCAUGUUGUUGUGUUCUCGACCUUCGAUCAACCUGGAAUCGAGCGCCUUGGUCCAGGUUGGAGUGACUUUAUCAAGCGUCAACAGGCCCUUGAGCGUGACAUUCCGCUGAAGGACCUCGCACACACAAUGCUGGCGCGCCGGUCGCACUUGGGCUUCCGCAGCUUCGCAGUCGCCAAUUCACUAGACCAGCUGCGCAGUACCUUGGAGAAGGGCCUCACCAAAUUCCCUCGGGCGAGCCGUAAAGCUCAAACCAGAUUGGGAUUUAUUUUCACAGGUCAGGGUGGUCAGUGGGCUGGCAUGGGAAAGGAGCUCCUGAGAAUCCCGACUUUCAAGGAAAGUAUGGCUCGAUCCCAGGAGAUCCUUUCGUCCCUGGGAUGCCCCUUCGACAUCAUUCAGGAACUCCGAGCAAAUGCAAAGAUCAGUCAGAUCAACCGACCCGAUCGCAGUCAACCAAUUACCUGCGCACUGCAGAUUGCACUCGUUGACCUCUUGGCGAGCUGGUCUAUUCACCCCAAUGCGGUCGCUGGUCAUUCCAGUGGUGAAAUCUCCGCCGCAUAUGCAGCUGGAUUCCUAUCUCAAGCCGACGCUCUGCGAGUGUCGUGGGUUCGUGGCUUUUACUCUCAGCAAAUCUCCGAGAGUGACAGACGAGGAGGAAUGCUAGCGACCGGUAUCUCAUCUGAGGAUGCCCAGAAGUACCUCGACGAGCUUCCUCCUCGCUCAGUCGUUGUCGCAUGUGUCAACAGUCCUUCCAGCACAACACUAUCGGGUGAUGUAGACUUAAUCGAUCAACUUGAGAAGAAGAUCCAGCAAGAUGGACAUUUCGCACGCAAGUUGCGAAUCGACACUGCUUACCAUUCUCCGCAUAUGGAAGAAUUGGUUGAGGUCGUGGGUAACGCUAUUGCAUGCAUCAAACCUGAAGAUAGAUUCAAUGGAACUGUCCCCAUGUUGUCUUCUGUCACGAAGAAACGUGUUCAUUCUACUGAUGUGGGCGGACCAUACUGGGUGCGCAACAUGGUCAGCCCCGUCGAAUUUACCGCCGCUGUUACUGAGCUCGCAAACUUGAGCGAAUCCAGCAAGACUCGCCGACGGCCGGUUCCUGUCAAAUGGACGACUCUGUUUGAGAUCGGUCCCCACUCGGUUUUGAAGGGUCCAGUCACACAGAUCCUGCAAAAGGUCAACCCCAGCAUGACGGCACUUCCAUACUAUACUUUGGUCGCACGCAAUCAAAAUGCUCUAAGAACAUCACUAGAUGUUGCAGGUUCUCUUUGGAGUACCGGAAAUCCAAUUAAUCUCGCUGCAGUUAACGACAGCGUGGACCCUGCAGCCCCCAAGAUGGUUGUGGAUCUGCCCUCCUAUCCAUGGAACCAUCAGAACUCAUUCUGGCAUGAACCACUGGAGACAACGCAGCUGAGACAGCGCAAGCACCCACGUCACGAUAUCCUUGGAGCUCCUCUAGACUACCAGAAUGCUCUCGAGCCUCGUUGGCGGAACUUCCUGCGGCUUUCAGAGAAUCCAUGGAUGGCCGAUCACGUUGUAGCCGGGACGACUGUGUUCCCCGCCGCCGGUAUGAUGGUGAUGGCUAUUGAAGCUGCACGUCAGUUGGCCGAUGGCCAAGGCAACAUCAAGGGAGUAGAGUUCCAAGACCUACACUUCAUGCGAGGAGUGGUUAUUCCUGAAGAGGAGCGCGGCUUGGAGACGCUCCUUCAAGUCUCACCCCAUCCCGGUAUGGCAGGUUGGUAUGAGUUUGGACUUUUCUCGCUUCCAUCGGGUGGUGGCUGGAUUCAGCACGCAAAGGGUGCAUUCAUUCCGCGAUUCGAAAACCCAGAGGAUAGCGAGCAUGCUGCAAACUGGGCGGCAACUUUGGCGCGUAUCAAGGAUACGCAGUCGAUUGCCCAGAAGGGUGAUAUUCAACAGGCAUAUCAAUGGCUGUCUCAAACCGGAGGACUCACUGUGGGCCCGUGCUUCCAGAGUACCACAGACGUUUUCUUCUGCGAGUCAGAGCCUCGAAUCUGGCUGUCUGGAGUUGUGACAGACACCAAGCAGGGCAUGCCCUAUGAGCGAGAGACGCCCAGUUUCAUUCACCCCACGACUCUGGAUUGUCUCUUCCAAUCUGCUCUGCUAUCAUCCUCCGAGUCUCUCUCUAGUACCAGCGCCAAUAUUCCCGUCGGUGUGGACCAUGCUUAUAUCUCAGAUUGCUUCCAGCCUCAACAAGGCGAGCAAUUUGUCGUCCACACAGAAACCCAGUGGAAGGACGGCAAAUCCCAGUCUCGGUGCAUUGCAUCUGACCCCUCAUUGUCACAGCCUUGGAUCACCUUUGAAGGAGUUCAUCUAGGCCGUCUUCCCUUCAACCCGAACUCCCAAAAGCAGGAAGACGCGGGCUCCCAGAGCCGAUACUCAUCCAUUGUCUGGGAUGAACACUUGGAAUCACCAAUCAUCACUAGCCGGCUUUGUCCCGCUGGAACCAAGAGCAGCGCCGUUGAGAUCAGUGAGCUGCUGCUGGCUGAUUGGGUGGAGCGUCUCUGCCACACCAAUGGAGACGCGAGUGCACUGGUCGUUACUUCCAACACAUCGAAUUCUUUCAUUCAGAGUCUUGCAAAGUUCGCACCAAGCAGUGGAAAGCGGCCUUGCUUGAAAAAGGUUACAACUGCUUUGUGCGGACAUGAUGGGAAAGAAGACAAACGAGCCCCGAAUGAUGUUCUGGGAUCUCACAUCGCCCCAAUAACCACAAUCGGUGACCUCCCAGCCGCUUCCCUCUCAGAAGAAGCAUAUGAUAUUAUCGUCAUUGAUGAUCUCGAUCUUUGGACGGGUAAAGCGUCUCAAGCAGUUCUGCCCUUCCUAAGCAAUGUUCUCGAUCGAGGAGGUUUUGCCGCAUUGCGUGUGUCCGAACCGACCGUGGAUUCUGCGGCUACAGCCCUGAACGCUUUUGACGGUCUUGAGGUUCACAGUCUGACAUCAGACCGCAGCUUCAUCGUCGCACGCAAGAAGCCAGCCUCAUGGACCACUGACUCGGAGAUCUAUGUUCUCACUGCUGAAGACAAAUCAAACUCCUCAUCUGUCUUCACCCAUCUUGAAAAAGUCUUUGCCACUCACAAUGUUCGCGUUGUUCCUAUUGGCUUGGACCAGGUAUCUGAGCAAGAAGGAAAGACGGUCAUCUCACUCCUUGACCUGUCUGGCCCCUGGAUCAUAAACUGGUCGGCAAAGGAUCUGCAGCGACUCCAGCAGUUGGUGAAAGCUCAAUAUGUACUUUGGGUCUCGCCCUUCUGGGGUCAAGGAGACGUAGAAAAUGCUGGUCACGGUGCAACAUCCGGCCUUCUGCGAACAGUCCGCAAUGAGCAUUUCAACACCACGAUUCCCCAUCUACUUGUGGAUGUUGAUGAUCUACAUGACGAAUUUGGUCUGGCCUGUGGUAUCUUGCAAGUCAUGCAGCUUACUAUACAGGAGAGCUCCCGUCGCGCUGAUGUGGAGUACCGUUUGACAAAGAGCCGACUUUUGGUGCCCCGAGUUCUUCAAACCGCAGCAGUUGAUGAGGCAAUGCACACUUUAUUGAAGGGCCCGAAGCCUGUCCCAGCCAGCCUGGCACUUGACGCGAGACCCCUUGAGCUGAAGCUUCAAGACGGCAAGGAAGCAUACUGGGAAGAGAGACAGGGCUUCACAGACCAGCUUCAGGCAGAUCACGUCGAGCUUAAGGUGGAGAUGGCCACUGUCUUUGACACGAAUGGAGAUUCAGGAAAGACACCCGAGUCCGCUCUCCCAAUGUUUGAGAUCGUUGGAAGAGUCAGCCAAAUCGGAUCAGGCGUGCGUGACUUGGCUGUUGGCGACAAAGUGUUGACCUUGACAUCUGCGGAAUUGGGCCUGUCCACAACCUUACGUGUUCCCGAGGGUGACACGAUCAAUAUGCCAGCGCUUGCGGAUCCAACACAAGCCAUUUCAGCUCCUCUUGCUUAUUUGAAUGCACACCAGAUUUUGACUGAAGUUGGCCGCCUACGCUUCGGUGCUUCAGUUCUCUUGGUCGGCUCCAUCAGUCAGACUCUUCGGGCCAUGAUUGACUUUGCCGUCAGCAUGGACAUGCUGGUCAUCGUUGCAACUGACUGCCAGAACACCACGGAUAUCCUUUCAUCUCGCUACCCGAGCUUGAAAGAUAGGAUUCUGGGUAUUCACAGUGGACUGGAGGCGAGCGUGUCUAGACUGACCAAGGGUUGUGGAGUUGAGGCUACUAUCUCAUUCCUCGGCGGGUAUUCCGGCCGUGUUGCUGCCAAGUGUCUCGUUGGAGGAGGACAGUACAUUAACCUGUCCAAUGAUAUGAAGCUCAGCGCCCUUCCAGAAAGCUUCAUCGACAGCGGGUGCACAUUCUCAUCUCCACAGCUGCGGAGAACUUUCUCUGAAAAGCCUGGCAGCCUACACGCUUCAGUUCGGAUGGUGAUGACUUUGAUGAAGGAGCAGCAAUUACUGCACCGCGUGGAAGCCUACCCGAUUUUCCCCGUUUCCGACAUUCAGCAGGCCUUCCAAAGUUGCAAGGAGACCAAUGGCAGAGUCAUCGUUGAUCUUCAAGCUCCAGGCCAAGUCCCAAUUGUACUUCCACUGCCGGAGUUUACAGAAUUGCCAUCUGAAAAGACAUAUAUCUUGGCUGGUGGGCUGGGUACUCUCGGCCUCGCAUUAGCUGAUACCUUGGUAGAGUCUGGUGCCCGUCACUUGGUCUUCCUUGGGCGAUCAGGUGUUGCUCAAAAGGAGCAGAAAGUCACCCUUGAUAUGCUUCGCGGUCGUGGAUGCCAUAUAGAUGUUGUGCGCUGUGAUAUUUCCAAGGCGGAAGAUGUCGAGCAACUCGGCUCCGAGAUUACGACCCGAAACUGGAAUGUUGCCGGUGUGAUUCAAUGCACGACCGUUCUCAAGGAUGCCAUGUUUGAAAACAUGACCUUUGAGGAGUGGUCUCAGUCAACGGACCCUAAGAUUCGAGGAACAUUGAACUUGCAUAAGCGGUUCUCACAGCCAGAAGGGCUUGCCUUUUUCGUGACACUGUCCUCCGUUUCAAGUGUCGUUGGCAACAUGGGGCAGUCUAACUAUUGCGCUGGUAAUGGUUUCAUGGAUGCCCUCAUGGAAUGGCGUCGUAACCAUGGUCUCGCCGGAUGUUCCAUCAACGUCGGUCUUGUCCCGGAUGCCAGUGGCGUCAGUGAUAUUAUCAAGGAUCAAGAGGAACGUCUUCGCAAGUAUAACCAUCUUGGUGGUACUGAGAUUUUGACCCACGAGCUUCAGACUUUGCUUCGGGUCAUCAUCAACAGCAAACUUUCACUUCCUCACCAGAUCAUUGCUGGUAUGACAGACUGUCUGUCACGCAAGAAUGCACCUACCGCAUGGCUACUCGACCGCAAGUUUGAUCACCGUAUCUCACUCGCUACUGAGAAUAGUGACUCUUCUGCAGUUUCCACGGCUACCUUGCUUAAAGAGACGGACUCUGCUGAAACAGCAGCUCAGAUUGUUCUCGAUGCUCUGAGUGAAUAUUUGGCGACGGCUAUGGCUACAACGGCUGAUUCUAUCGACGCUGAUUUACCCUUGUCAGCCUUGGGUGUGGAUUCACUCAAAGCCACGGACGUUCAGAACUGGGUUUCGCGCGACUUGGGCGCAGAACUGUCCUCGUUCGAAUUCCUUGGUUCGCAACCAACCAAGACUUUAGCCAAGAAAAUUGCGUCUGCCAGUUCCUUCGUCUCGGUAUCGAGCUGAAGGGACUACGAUAAACUUGGCGUCAGAUAGCCUGCGAGUACAUACUUGAACUACCAGUCGGAAGGACUAUAUUGAGGUAAAUUGUAAUUGGUGAGGAUUUGUCUCCUUGCUUUAGCGUUGAGGGAAUUGUUAGGCGUUAUCGGGACUCUCGCAUCCCAACUGUUUAUGUCAAUUAUUUUGUCUUGCUCUAGUCUGAAAGGUCUCGCAUGAAUAUACGAAUUUCUUUUUCAACAAU